UCCAGUCUGAGCCACCUGUAGCAGGCAGUGAGUGUACACCCCCGGGGGAAAGGCGUCUGUUCAGUUCCGUUAGAUUCACCGCUACACACGUUUUUAUUAUUAUUAUUUUUUUUACAGGCUGGUCCUCAGUAGACGAACCGUUUUUUUUUGUUUUUUUUUUACAAAGUCGCACCUAGGACUGCAAACAUGUUUCUAAAUCAUCUGUCUGUCGUAUUUCUGCUGGCUGCUGUCGUCAGUGGAAUGACAACAGCAGAUUCAUUUGCACAAACCAGUGUCACCAUUGAUGGGGGUUGGCCAAAGACACAUCCCCAACUCCUCACUUGACACAAACUGCAAGCUCAAAUCCAAGCAGCAAGCCCACAAUCAGCAGUCAUACAGGUUCACCAGCCUCAACCAAAGUGCACGACACAACCUCAGUUGCUACAACAACUGUAGAAAAUGUUAUGACAGAAUCCACUAUUGGACCAACCAAUAGAGACACAACUUCCUCCCAACCAAGCACCGAGUCCAUGACAACAGCUGGAGUCCAGAGCCCUGUGACAAAGAUCAGUCACUCCACCACAGGAAGCCCAAAUGCCUCUCCAUCUGCUUCUACCGGUGCUACAACACUGUCCACAGCAGGCCAACAGAAAAGCCAACCCACCGACACCAGUGAGACUUCUUUUACAACUCUAGAUCGCACACUGACCAGAAAUGACACAACCACAAGUGAGCCAAUGACAAACACCACCAAUGGUAGGACUACAAUACCACAGACCCAGACACAAACCAGCAACAACACAACCACAGUGACACUGAUCUCACAAGCAAGCAAUACAAGACACACAAGUAAUGAUGCAGGUACAACGGCACCAUUGGCACAAACCAGCCUUGGGAUAACAAUGACAUCUAUCACUCACAAUAGCAACAAGACAACCACAAUGACGGCAACAACUCACACCAACAAAGACACAACUACAAUAACAGCCAUCUCACAAACUAGCAACAAUGCAACUACAAUGAAACCCAUCACACUAACCAGCAUUGACACAACAACAUUGAUACCUUACACGCACACAAACAACAACACAAGUAAAGUGACACUUGUCACACAUAGCAGCAGCAGCAACACACAGACGAUGACACCAAACACACACAUUAGCAAAGACACAACCAAAGUGACACUUAUUACGGAAGCCAGCAAUGGCACAUCAACAUUGACACCUGACACAAGAACCACAAAAGACACAAUUACUAUAACACCCUAUACACAAACAAGCAAUGGCACAUCAACAACACCACCAUUGACACACUCAAACAGUGACACAACUGCAACGACACCUAUCCUACCAACCAGCAAAGAUGCAGCCACAUUGACAGCAGUCACACACACAGGCAAUAACACAACCACUAUGACACCACAUACACAAACUAUCAAUGUCACAACUUUAGUGACACCAUUCAGUCAAGCCAGUAUUGGCACUACGACAAUGAAACCGAUCACAAGCACAAGCAAUGGUGCAACAACAAUGACACAAACCCCACAAACAAUCAAUGAAACAACUACAAGCACAGCAGUCACGCACACCAGUAAUGACACAACUACAACACCAGCAAUCACACACGCAGGCAAUAACACCACCACAAUGACACAAACUGUAACCAACACACCGACAAUCACGUCAACUGUUCAGACCAACCACAACACAACCUCGUUUACAGCCACAACACAGCUGAGUCCAUCUUCAGUAGUCACGCACUCCAGCAACAGCACAACAAUAACAAGUACUGUAACGCCUGAUAUGUCUACAACGACUAUAACAAACUCUGCUAACACCUCUCCUGAGUUUCCUGCAUCCUCCACCACACCCUCAUCCUCCACUGUCACUGGAUCCCCACCUGUUUCACCCACCUCCACCUCAAACUCCAGCUCUCUCCCUCCAAACACCUCCCCAGGCAGUAGCACCGCUUCCCCCACUGGAAAUACCACCACCCUUAUUCCCUCAACAAACACCCCAAGAGUGACUGGCAACACUGCAGAAACAACUACUACGACUAAGCCAGCUGAAACAUCCUCAUCCAUCACUUCAACCUCCACCACCCCUCCAGCCUCCGCCACAACUCUAAACUCCACCACCCCUCCAGCCUCCGCCACAACUCUAAACUCCACCACCCCUCCAGCCUCCGCCACAACUCUAAACUCCACCACCCCUCCAACCUCUGCCUCAACUCUAAACUCCACCACCCCUCCAACCUCUGCCUCCGCCACAACUCUAAACUCCACCACCCCUCCAACCUCCGCCACAACUCUAAACUCCACCACCCCUCCAACCUCUGCCACAACUCUAAACUCCACCACCCCUCCAACCUCUGCCACAACUCUAAACUCCACCACCCCUCCAACCUCUGCCACCACUCUAAACUCCACCACUCCUCCAACCUCCUGCCUCAACUCUAAACUCCACCACCCCUCCAAUCUCUGCCUCAACUCUAAACUCCACCACCCCUCCAACCUCCGCCACCACUCUAAACUCACCACUCCUCCAACCUCUGCCUCAACUCUAAACUCCACCACCCCUCCAAUCUCUGCCUCAACUCUAAACUCCACCACCCCUCCAAUCUCUGCCUCAACUCUAAACUCCACCACCCCUCCAACCUCCGCCACAACUCUAAACUCCACCACCCCUCCAACCUCUGCCUCCACCACCCCUCCAACCUCCGCCACAACUCUAAACUCCACCACCCCUCCAACCUCUGCCACAACUCUAAACUCCACCACCCCUCCAACCUCUGCCACAACUCUAAACUCCACCACCCCUCCAACCCCUCCAACCUCUGCCACAACUCUAAACUCCACCACCCCUCCAACCUCUGCCUCCACCACCCCUCCAACCUCCACCAACACUCUAAACACCACCACCCAUCCAAACUCCGCCUCCACUACCCCUCCAACCUCCGCCAUCACUCCUACCUCCAUUACCACUCCACAUUCAAUCGCUACACCUUCCUCUACCACCACUCCGACCUCCACCACCACCACUACUGUACCAACCACCUCUCCAGCCUCCACCAACAUGACAAUCUCAACCACCACUCCAACCUCCAUCCCCAAUCCAACUUCCCUCACCCCCACAACCUCCUCCACCACUCCAAUUGCAACAACUCCAACCUCCCCCACUACAUCAACCGCCACCACCAACAGUAUUGAUACCACCAUCACUGUAACCACCCGGAAACCAACAGAUACCACCACCAACAACCCAAUUACAGCAGCCACCUCCAUUCCUACCCUGGGUCCAUUAGUAGUUUGUCCAUCUGUUCCCUGUCCUUUUGGAAGUGUCUGCCUUAAUGGCACCUGCCAGUGUCUCUCUGGUAGCUUCCUGCUGAAUGGCAACUGUGAACCAGCCCAAGUGUUCCCAGGCCAGCUUCAUCUCGUCUCCUUAACAUUUGAUCCAGAAAUGAGCAACAGGUCUUCAACCUUAUUCCAGACUACAGCAGCUCGUAUAUCAUCAGCUCUCAGAGAUGCCCUUAAAAAUGAGCCUGGUUAUAUACGAUCCGAUGUUGUGCGGCUUGAGCAAGGAAGUGUGCAAUCAACAUUAAAUAACAUCUUUGAAAAAACCGAAGCCACUCAAGAAUCCAUUGAUGAAUUGAUUACGGUGGCCAUAGAAAGUCAGCAGGAUCAAAUGUUGUUUAUAUGGCCUGUAUUAGGAUCAAACUUGUGUGAGCAGGAGCCAUUACCUUGCGAGGAUGCCACUACAACAUGCACAUAUACAAAAGGAAGGGCUGUUUGUUCCUGUAAAGAGGGCUACAUCUCCAUCAUGUACUCAAACACCAGCUGCAGAGCGUGUCCAAGUGGGCAGAGGGCAGUGGGAGACAAGUGCCAACCGUGCGCGUUUGGAUAUGCUGGCUUUAACUGCAAUGAUUCUGCUCUGCUGGCAGUGGUAGUCAUCUCUUGUGUCCUGGGAGGAGUUCUUCUCAUCAUGGUCCUGGCUUUGCUCAUAUACUUCUGCUGUAGGGGAUGCUUAAAGAGCAAGCCAGACCACAGCAGCAGUCCAUAUUCAUCAGGCGAAGAAAACCAGCCCUGGCCCACUGGCAUCACGCCCAUCCCACGGGCCACCACCAACUGGGAUGCAGCUCCGUCUAUAGAGCUGACAGAAGGGGGCAACACUCGAUCCCUCGUAGACCAAAAGCAUCAGACCAACGGAUUGGGGUUUCAGAUGAAGCAGAACGGAUGGAAAAAGACGGGAUCAUACGAUCUCAACCCGGAUGGAUUGAAGACGUUCAAAGGUAAAAAUCCAUCCCGUUACUCGUAUCUGGUUCAAGGCCAUGAGAACCCCUACUUCCUACCUGGAGAUGACAAGAACAACUGAAAGCAUGAGGCCAGUUGGUGAUACAAUCCAUGUUGAAAUGAGAACUAGAUUACUGAUUUGAAGUUUUAAGGUCUGCAGGCACAUUUCCUGAGCAGGACCAGGUUUUUCAACAUUUUUGAACUCACUUGCAUUAAAGGACAAUCACAAAGGACGACUUUAACAGGGAGAAAGCCACCAAAGAGAUUCAUUCAUCUUAGCAAAUAUAUUUUAACAGUGAUGUGUGCAUCAUGUCUGCUCUUUUGACAAGAGCUAAGUGGUGCCGAUUACAACCAGAAGGUGUCACUGUUUCUCUCCUGCUGUUUUUUUAAAGGGACAUGUGUGUUUAUUACGCUUCAAAGAAAUCAUUCUGUAUUCUUUCAAAUGAAGCUUCUGAUGUUGCUCGUUGCACUAAAGUGUGUGUGUUAAGUUUACCGCCAGUUUUAUAUUUAAAUCAAAGGUAAAUUAAAUGUGGGCUUUCUGGGGCUGUUAGAUACUUUUUUAAGAGGUUUGAUUAUUUUAAAAAUGUUUUUAAAUCAUAAAUGACUUAAGGGGCUGGAUCCCUGGGUCAGCAUAUUUUUUAAAGGGACUGAUAAUGUAGCUGAAUACAAACUGUAUUUGUUGAAUCUGUACUUCUACCCCUUUGUGCCUGUUUUCAUUGUCUGCCUGAGAGAAAGGGAAACAUGCAUAGCUGGUGAUGAAGCCUCUCCCAGAUGUGCCAAUUACCACUUGUGUAUAUUUCUUUAAAUCUCUGAUAUAUAUUUAUCCUUGUGUGUAUGAGUCAGUGCACUGUUUUAUAAGUGUGUACAGGUUUUCUGAAGAACUCAAGAUUGCUCGCAGCGAAUGUGUGUGCGCAGCAAAUGUAUGUGUGUGUAUGCAAUGGAAAUAAAUUAAUAUAAAAAA